GCGUGCGAAUUUUUUGUGUAAAUUAGUUUUCAUUUCUGAAAAAAACAUGGCUAAAAACCUACAUCCCAGUCUUAUUGGUCUGUGGUGGUCUGUGGCCGACCAGAAAUAAAAUCUGUGAAAUGGUGUGAAUUAUGAAUGAAAGUUUACUUUAUUUGAGGUUGUAAAUAAAUAGAAAUUCUUAUCUUGUACCUUGAAACUAGUAAAUAACACAAAAUAGUAUAUAUAGUGAUGGUGCUUAAUGUAAAGUACAAAAUAAAAUUCAUUUAUACGAUAUUUGUGUGAAAAAGAAUUCAAAUGGAUAACGUCAUCGAGAAAUUAAAUCAUUAUUUUGGCCAUCGCAAAUUUAAAAGUGAACUCCAGGAACAGGCUGUUAGAGCGAUUGCUAGAGGUGUCCAUGAUGUGUAUGUAUCAAUGCCUACAGGUUCAGGUAAAUCCUUAUGCUUCCAAUUACCUGCAAUGUUGCAAGAUAACAAAGUUGCAAUUGUCUUUUCACCAUUGCUGGCAUUGAUAAAAGACCAAAUUGACCAUUUGACAAAACUAAAGAUUUCAGCUGAAUCAAUAAAUUCAAAAAUGACUUCUAAGGAUAGAGAACGUGUUUUAAAUGAUCUAAGAAAUAUGAAACCUAAUACCAAAUUCCUUUAUGUGACACCUGAACAAGCUGCAACUGGAACUUUUAAAUGUCUCAUUGAACAUUUAGUCAAAUACAAAAAAGUUUCCUAUAUAGUAGUAGAUGAAGCUCACUGUGUAAGCGAGUGGGGCCAUGAUUUCCGUCCUGACUACUUGAAACUAGGCGAUCUAAGAGAGAAAUAUAAAAGCAUACCAUGGGUAGCUCUUACUGCAACAGCUAGUGCAGAGGUUGCUAAAGAUAUACUAUCAAACCUUAAGUUAUUACAACCUGUGGCAAAAUACAAAACACCUAGUUUUAGAAAGAAUAUUUUUUAUGAUAUUAUAUAUCAGAAUUGUAUAGAUGAUGAAAUAUCACAUCUUUUAGAAUUUUUAAAAAAAAGUUUGGGUGAAGAUGAGAAUGUUAAACCUAAAGAUAAAAGUGCAGCUAUUGUCUACUGUCGAACAAGAGAUCAGACUGAAGAGUUGGCAAAUAUGCUUAUGAAGAAGGGUUUAAAUUCAUUGGCUUACCAUGGAGGCAUGAAAUCAUCAGAACGUAUAUCCGUUCAGGAGCAGUGGUCGCGUGGCGAGAUUGCUUGUGUAUGCGCAACUAUAUCAUUUGGUAUGGGAGUGGAUAAAGCAAGCGUGAGGGCUGUCGCCCAUUGGGGCAUUGCCCAAAACGUUGCAGCAUAUUAUCAGGAAUCUGGACGAGCUGGACGAGAUGGGAAACCUGCAUUCUGUCGCAUCUAUUAUUGUCUAAGGGAGCGUAAUGCUGUUGAUUUUUUGCUUAAAACUGAAUUGGCCCGAGCGAAAACACCAGAACAGAAACAGCGAUGUAAAAAUGCAUAUAAAAGUUUCGAAAUAAUGGUGAAGUACUGCGAGGAUGUUAAAUGCCGACAUAAGACUUUCGCGGAGUACUUCGGCGAGGAACCACCGGCGUGCCGUGCGCGCUGCGACGCGUGCGCGGACGAGCGCGGAGUGCGGCGCGCGCUCGACCAGCACCAGCGCCGCGCCAUGUCCUCGCACCUCGAGCGCGGCGGCUUCGUCUCGCACCAGGACGCCACCGACCUGUACGGCGGCGGCCGCGCCUCACACAACACAGAAACUGAAUCAUACUAUGGCGUCGAUAGCGGCGAGUCAGAUGGAGAGAGCCGGCGUCGAGUUGCGCAGGAGACUAAAUCACUUAUAAUGAAGGAGUUUGCUAACAGAAAAAAGAGCAUUGAAAAUGGAAAGGAUAAACGAUGUAAUGAUACAGAAUCAGCCAAAUAUUCUAAGUGUAAAGCAGCAAGUAGUACAGGAACGAAGGUAAAUGGAUUAACUGUGGCAGGGCGCGAAGGUUAUCUGUCUCUUCUAACUGAUGCUUUAAAUAAUAAUUUACAAAACAUGGAAAACAUAGAUGUUCCUAACAAUCGCUUAAUGCGGCAUGACGUGGAACAGUGCGCUGUACAAUUGGAAUAUGAAAUAUUUUCUACAACUACAGUUAUUACUCUCUACAGACGCUCAAUGUCCAAAUUGAUUUCAUCAAUAAAAUCGUCUACACAUCAUCUUUUUCCGCAAUUAAAAAUGUUUGUGCCUAGUAAACGAAAUACGCUUAGCGAAUUCGUAGAAGAAUUUGAAUCAGAAAAAAAAACAAAACCUAAAGAUUUUGUUGCAGCAUCACAACUAGAAGCUGCAAAUAUUGAUGGUAAAAAUGAAGCAAGACCUUUGUCAAAGGCAGAUAAAGAAACAAAACGGAAAGCGAAUUCUUUUAAAAGAGAUCCUUUACAGCAAACAAAAUUACAAAAUUUUUUUAAAAAAAAAUCUAAUGAAUAUCCUAGUUCUACUACAGAAGAAAGUGAAGAAGAAUCUAGUCUGGUUAUAGACUUGGAUACCGAAAAUAAACACGAUAAUACUACAUUAAAAUUAGAUGAUACCAUGAAUUCGGACAAGAAUCACAAUAAUACAACAUUAAAAUUAUAUGAUACAAGUACUACAAAAGAAAAUGAAGGAAAAACUUUUGUUAUAAAUAUUACUCUACAAGGUGUACCUAGCAUCAACAAGAAUAAGGAAAUUGAUACAGAAAAAAUGUUAAAAUCGCCUAGAAAUAUAAAUUCCACAGCUAAGAGAAAAAUUAAAGCACUUUUUGGCGAUUCAUCUGAGAGUGAUAUUGAAACAGAAGAACAAAAUGUAUUGACAAUCAAUGAACAUAGGCAUAAAGUAGCUAACAAACAUAAUAAUAAAAUCAGUGCGAAUUCACAUCACAAGCGACAUAAGAGUGAUAAACACGAUAAUAGGAAAAAGGUAAAUAUUCAAGUUGAAAAGGAAACAAAAAAUAUAAAGCAAAAAGAGACUUCUCCAUUAUACAGAAUAAAGACAGAAACAGAGACUGAAAAGAAAUCAAUAAAUAUAAUGCAAAAGAAGCCCUCUUCGAAAUAUGAAAGCGAACAAGAAAAUAUUAAAACAGAAAAGGAAACAAAAGAUUUAAUGCAAAAGAAAACUUCUCCUUCAUCAUUAUUUGGUGAUUUAUCGGGCAGUGAAUCUGAUAGUCAGUUAGUUAUUGAUGAAGGUAUAUUACAAACCAAUGAUUUGAUCGACGAUAAUUCAAUAAAUGAACCUUCUUUAAAGAUACCUGAAGAAAAGGAUCAGAAAUUCGAAGAGGCUUAUAAAUUAAGUGCUGAAGCUGAUAAGGUACUAGAAACUUUGAAGCAAUUUUCUGAAACUCCUAAAAUGGAUCAAUGUAACAAUAUAAACUCAAUUAUAGCAAAUGACAAUAAUUUAGAGUUGAAGAAUGAAAACUAUGAAAAACCACAGAUAGCCGUUUGCAAAAAUGCAGAGAAUGUAUGUCAGAAUUCAAAACAAUUGUCUAAAGCGGAGUCUAUAUCUGAGAGUAACAUUGAUGUAAAUAACAAAGUUGUUACAAUAGUAUCACCACAAUUAUCUAGAGAGCAUAAAGUAUCUAAACAUAGAAGUAAUUUAAGCCUGACCAAAAUAGUUAGAGAGAGACAUUCAUCGAAAAGAAACGAGAAAUGUAGUAAUAAAAUUAAACCUGAGCGUAAGGCAUCAAAACAGAAAAAAGGUUCAUCAAUAAAGAAAGCAGAGAAAGUUGAUCUUGCAGGGUUAGUGGUGAAACUUCUUAUGCCAUACUAUAAGAAGAAAAAGAUAAGUAGUAGAGAUCUGUUUAAAAUAACAGCUCGCCAUAUAGUUCAUCAACUAUUGGCUAUACAAGUUACUGAAGAAGCUGCUAUAGAUAUUUUACUGAAAAAGGCAUUCAGUAAAGAAUUGAAAAUUGAGAAAGAAGACGACUUAGCAGUUAAAUUAGAUUUAAGCAAGUGAUACUAAUAUAUAAUGAAUUAUUUAUUAAAUGGCAAGUUCUAAUGCCUAAAGAUAAUGUAAGUUUGUUAAUUGCUUAUAAUUUUGUUUUAUAUUUUGAUGUCACUUUUCAUUUAUGGUUUGAUGGAUUAAAUCGAAUACAAGA